AUGCUGAUGGCUCAAUAGGAAGCAUCGGUGCUUAUAAGAGUAAUUAAAUCGUAUUAAGGUCUAAAGCCAUUCUAUGGAGGUAGAGGCAAUUAAUAUGAUUAGGAACACCUUAGUCUUACUUACACUCACACUGGCAAUUCUGCUAGUGAUGAUCUAUACUUUGACAUUGACGUAUUAGAUAAUUCUUUUGUGUCAGUUGAAGUAUCAAGCCCAGAUUACGAAGCUUUUAAGACUUUACUAGAUUAUUCAAGUGAGUAAAAUACUGAUUUUGCUGUUUAUCCUUAAUCAUCUAAAUUGGAAGUUUUCAGUGGUAAGGUAUGA